AUGCGUGUCUCUUUACAAAACGGGCCAGAUGAAAAUCACAAUGAUGAUGAUGAGGAGGAGGAGGUGCGCGACCAUGUUAUCAGUGCGGCCAACACGGAUGAGGAAGCCCACCUGUUAGGAAGGGAAGAGCUGGAUUUCGAGGACAACACAUUGCCUACACGUAGCGGUCGACGUAAAUUUUUGGAUGUUUUUCGCAGUCCCGAGCCGCCUCGCAUUCAAUCCAUACAGCCUUUCUUCCCGUCGAUACAAGCGCGUCCGGUACAAUGGCUCAAAGCAUACAGGCUCAACAACCCCAUCUCGCUCUCUCUCGUGCUGCUUUUGUGGCUCCUAGUUUUCACAUGGUUUUUGACUGCCCAACUGCCGCUUCGCGAUGGCAAAGGCAAUAACGUGAUCAACCUCGACUGCACAGAUACACUCUGGAAACGAAAGAACCAAUGCGGUAUCGACGGAAUCAAUUGCCGACCCUUUAGCAAUCACUCUUUCGCCUUCCAAUGUCCAGCAAAAUGUGGAGGUGUACAGAUCCUGAACCCGCACGUUGUUGGGCCGCUUGAAGUAAACUAUCGGCCUCUCGUCAUCGGUGCGGGGCUUUAUCGUGGAGACAGUUUCAUUUGUGGCUCAGCGAUCCAUGCUGGGAUUGUGAAUGACCUGAAAGGUGGUGCCGGUCGUAUAACUCUCCUUGGGAACCAUGACAGUUUUGCCAGUACUAAGCGCCACGGUAUUGAAUCCUUGCCUUUCGAUUCCUAUUUUCCGCUGGCUUUUUCUGUGGCUUUCGACGAUAGCUUUCAGGCUAUUUCUGAUCCUCGGUCAGCAUUACUUCCCAUCUCGAUCCUCUUUACUGCUGCACUUGCUGUGUUCUCCACAUCGCCAAAGAUCUUCUUUCCAAUCUUUAUGCUCAUUUUCGCCCAUGUGAGCUUUUUUUCCGAUCCACCGUCGGCAUCGUACCACAAUACCACUGUGCUGCCAGAUCGCAUAUCCAUGUUCGCAAAGCGAAUUUUGCCCGCAACGUUCGUAGCAGUAGUGGUGUACUCGAGUGUCAUCAAGCGAACCUUGUCUGGAUUGACUGCUCAAUUUGAGAAGGCAAUCUUCUGGCUUGGUGGAUUCUGGAUUGGAGCAUUAUCAAACUAUACCUUUGAUUGGAUACCUAUAUCGCGACUUACUGCACAUGAUCUGGAACAGCAACCGGGGGCGAAGCUAGCCUUGGCCACAAUCAUUCUGGUGCUGGUCGUGAUCAUCGUGGGUCAAGUAUACUACUUCUGGCUAGAAGGCCGCCUGCUCCGAUACCUCGGCUUGUACGGACUUUUCGUUACUGGUAUUGUCGUUUGCUUGCUUAUACCAGGCGUUAACUUAAGAAUCCACCAUUACAUUCUUGCGAUGCUGCUGUUGCCCGGAACCAAUCUCCAGACACGGCCGUCCUUGCUUUACCAAGGUAUUUUGUUGGGCCUCUUUGUCAACGGAAUAGCGCGUUGGGAUUUUGACUCUGUUUUGCAAACUUCUGCCGCUCUUCGCGAUGAUGCAAAAUUCAACUCUGCGGUUCCCAAGAUAGUGAGCACUAUCAUCGAAUCCGGUACCGAUGGGUCCAUCGCGACAUUUAUGAAUGACGCACACCCGAUUGGGGUCGACGGUAUCAGUGUUUUAGUAAACGACGUUGAGCGGGACCGUGCCUUCUACGAUGAUGGGCUAGGUGGAGCUUCCUUCAAAUGGAACAGGCCAGCUGAUAGGAGACACGGAGUACUCCUCGCAGGUACAGCUGCGCUUUCUGCAUUGGUUCCCCGCCAGAUGCGAAACUGCCCUUCCACGCCGACGUGCCCUCGAUGGAACAGCUGUGUAUCGACCUCCACCAACGGUGCUGUAUUCCAACUCAGCUGUGCAACCGACUACAACGGCCCCGUCAUUGGUGCUGCGCAGGCCGAUAGGUUCGUCGAUUGCGGAGACGCUUGCUCGCGACGCUCCGGCUGCGUCGCGUUCAACAUGAAAGACGGUUUCUGCUACCUUCUUGGUAAGCCAGUUGGAACCGCCCGAACCUCUUUCAACAACGUAAACGCUGGCGUUCAAGUCAAGGCCCCAACCGACCCAGAGCUAGCUCCUGGCUCCUCGACAUGCACCACAGUGAUCAACUGCCCCACCAACGACAAGUGCAGGUACCUCAUGAACAGCAAGUCCUUCAUCGCUCAAUGUAACUGGGACUACUAUGGUGGAGACAUUGCUCUCAAGUUAACUGAUACCAUGACGACGUGUGUGGAUGAGUGUGCCGUCUUCCCAGGAUGUGUUGCCAUCACUUGGGUUGACAGCAACUGCUACCUGAAGAAUAACAACACCAAGACCGUCUACAACAAUAACGUUGACAGUGUUAGCCUUGAAGUCUGA